UCUGAGUCGUGUCUCUGAAUUCAUCACUCAUCGCGAUAUUUUUAACCCCUUUUAUCCCUAUUUUUUACUCAAUCUUGAAAAAGCAAAGAACCACCACCACUAACCCAGCGACGUCAGUGACUGGAAAAUACUCUAAAGAUUCCAAAUCUUGGCGAAUGAGUUUUUAAAGUUCAAAGAGGAUUAAUGAGUGUCAGUGCUAUUUAUGUUUGAAGUUUUUAAUUGCUGUCCCCGAUGUUAUGAUUAUUCCCGGGAAGAAGGGGCGGACGUACCCGGCAAACAGUGACUUCCGCUAUUUUCCAGGCUGCGCAGUUCAUUCGUAAUAUAUUGAACGUUGUCAAGGUCAAGAAUCCGGAUCACCGGCUAUAGUCAGUGAACAGUGCUGUACUAUUGUUUUUACGAUUUUUUCCAUUUUUACUGAAAAUAACGAGAAAGACAUUGAGUCAAAGCUCAUCACGUCUAUUAUCCGCAAUUGCGAAUUCUUCUUUCUUUUUUUUUCGUCAUCUUUUUUUGCCUUUCAUUCUUGAAAUUUAUUCAGUUCGUGGGGAGUUGUGGGUGUGUAUGUGUGUGCGGUGCGAUUAUUUUUUACUCAAAUGAAAGAAGUUGAAACAGGGGCAAUUCAAGUCCACAUGUGAAGUGAAAAUAGAAGGAAUAGAAGAAAGAUACAUUUGAGAAGAAAUGAGGAGACUGGAAGAAGAGAUUUGAGUGGAUGAGUGUGGCGAACUGGUGAAGAGUGAUUUGAAAAUUGUCGACAAAGUGAUAAGCCGGCCGGGAGUUAAUAAAUAUUCCAACGUAUAUUCCUCCUCCCCCUCCUCAGAGAAAGAGAGAUGGUCAAGUCUACCAGUCAAACCAAGUAUCAAAAAUAAACUUUGAAAAUAACAAAUUGGGGAAGUUGAGGGUCUCAGUGAAGACUGACUACGACCACUGACAUGAAAUUUUCAAUUAUUACAAAAACAAAUAAGAGUCAUAAUUCGGCAUAACCCAGCGAGUAAAAUUUUUUUUUUAAUGAUGUUUGCUACGGUUCGGCUGAGAUAAUACCCCAACGUUAUCUGUCCUCGGGCAUGAUCGCUGUUGCCAGAUUAUUUCCAAGGCUAAUUUUAAUGCGACAAAUAUAUAUUCUGAGGAGGCCAGAUGAAGAUCAUUAAUUAGAGACUCAACAGGAUGGUAUCUCACAACUUCAAUAACUGGAGAGACGGCCAUUGACAUCGAUAAUAACAGUACAACAACAACAAUACGUUGGGGAUAUCCGACGUAAACCCAUGUAUCUUUUGAUUCAAGAUGGCGGAAUAUGUUGUUGCAAUACAGCAUUGGAAAUUGUUGAUCAAUAUGAAGGCCUCACUUGAUCAGAGUUCAAGUUUUUCUCAUGCACUUGAGCGAUAAAAGUGGAUUCUUAUUGGGGAAUAUACCUUGGAUUUUUUCGGUGGAAAAUUGUUCGAAAAUGUGGCCACAUCAGCAGGCUCAGUAUCAUCCUGGUGUAUCGUCACUGACGGAACAAAUGGACAGGAGACAGUAUCCUAGCAUCAUGCCACCUGAUACUGUUAGCCAAACCACGACGAUACAUCAGCAUCAAAGAGAACCUCCACGGGAAUCCGCUGCUUGUUCGAGCAAUGCCCGGGCAUCUAGGAAUCUGGCAGAGAAGCAGAGACGGGACAACCUCAACACAAAUAUCGCCAUGAUGGCAGCCAUGGUACCCGUGGUUGCUGGUAGCUCUAGACGUCAAGAUAAAAUAUCAAUCCUCAGGUUAGCAGCGGCCUACCUCAGGACCAACUUCGCUCUCGGAAGAGGCUCUCCAGGAUUCCUUCCGGAUCAAUUCAAUGGAGUAGAUCUUGAACAAGUUUUCCUCGAUAGUUACGAUGGUAAUGGUGCUUUUGUCAUAAUUGUCACAACUACUGGAAACAUUAUACAUGUGAGUAGGAGUGUGGAGGGACCCCUAGGACACGCACCAACGGAGCUAUUGGGAAAAUCUCUGUUCAGUUACGUACACCCAGAGGACCACGAGGAGUUGACGCGAAAUCUAACACUCACUGAAGUUCUCCCCUCGAUAACUGACGGUUCCAAUCAAGAUCAUAACUCCAGCUCGGACGACGAUAGCAAUCCAACCGUCGAGCCAAAUUUUCGUGAGCAACGACGAAAUUUUUGCAUAAAAAUAGCUCAGAGAACGAAUUCCAGGGGUGAGCACACACAGUACAAGUGUUUCAAUAUCUCAGGAGUCCUCAGGUUUGCAGAUUUCUGUCAGAAGCGAAAGGGCAAUCGAGAAUACACUUCAACGAGUAAUGAUGUUAUUUUCGUGGGAAUGGCACGUCUUAUGCAACGACGUGUUACCGAAUUAUCGUUAUUCGAAGCCACUAAACAGGAGUAUGUGACACGUCAUUUGGUUGACGGUCGGAUCAUCUUCUGCGAUCAUAGGAUAUCAGUUGUUGCUGGAUACAUGUCGGAAGAGGUUUCUGGCGCUAAUGCUUUCCGCUAUAUGCAUAAAGAUGAUGUCAGGUGGACGAUGAUUGGAUUGAAACAGAUGUACGAUCGUCGAGAAGGUUUUGGAUCGUCUUGUUACCGACUUCUCUCGAAAACCGGUGAAUUUAUCUACCUCAGAACCCACGGAUACCUCGAGAUGGACCUGAAGACAGGGACUUUCGAGUCCUUCGUCUGUGUAAACACUCUGGUUGAUCAGGACGAGGGUGAGAAACUAAUUCGAGAAAUGAAGGAUCGAUAUUCCGCAACGAUCACCAAUGCUAGUCGUGCGAUAAUCGAGCCAGAGUUGAUGAAGAUACAAUCGAAUUCGGCGCCAAGUGUGGAGGAUCCAACUCAACUCGAGGGGGUGAUUCUUCAAUUGAUCAGUGAUCUGUCAUCACCAGCUCCGGUCGAUGGAAAAUUCCCGAGCUCUCCGGGACCUGCUCCGGACCUCCAAUCUGCCAAAGCCGCAAUGUACUCUGAUAAACUACCUCCGGUUUCAGUGCAGGCAAGCAAAAUCGUGGGGAAGAUGAUCGAACAAGCUGGGAAAGGCAAAGGAAAACAGGUGAAGAGGGAAAUGAGUAAUGGAUCUCCUGCUAGCAGUCAAGAUGAAAAAAAUAGCGAAGAGCCGCGGCGUCGACCGCAGGCGCAAGCAUCGCCGAACAACCAGGACUCUGGAAAAUAUCGAAUUGCUGACAAAGUUAUUCCGGAACUCGAUAGUUCUGGUGCUGAUGCCCUCGGAGAUGUCAGAAUGCAAGUGACACAUCACGUGCGACCAGUGAUCUCUCGAGGCAAAGAUUUCUUUGAGAUACCCCAAAAGCCUUCAAUCCUAAAUUCAGAAAUAAAUAAUGGAGUAUCACUAAUCGAAGCUGAGGAUGAUUCACCGUAUUCCGAAACAAAUUCACCACUGGGUCAUCGUGGUAAACCAGACAGUAUGGUAAUGUUCAUAAAAACUGAGACCCUUGAUAUGUCAGAGGAGUCCUGUGGUAAACGACCGUUGGAGGAGCAAGACUGUGAACUACCAGAUAAGAGACAACGACACGAGUUUUAUGCUAAUGAAGAGCAGUCAGACAACUCGAGUCUCCAGGAUAUUAUGAAGUCGAAUCCAGAUAUCUUGAAGAUGCUGGACCAAAUUGGACAUCCUAUAAAUCCUGACAAUGACUCUUCGAGGGACGAUAUUCUUCACCUUGUACCUGACCAGGGGGUGGACGAGACAUUGAGACAGACUUAUGCGCAUCUUCAGGACAGCAUAGAGUACCAGGGGUCGCAGAUCAAUGAGUUGGGACUGGCAUUUGAAAAUUCAGAGUUACAAGCACAGCGAGAAAACUUCGAUCAGCUUCAGGCUGAGCACGAAAUUCAAAAGAAAAUGAUUAAGAGCCUCCAGCAGGAUCAUCACAGUAUCCAGGCCACCGUUAAGCAGAACGUAGGUGUUUGAGAUAAAUCCAAGAAGGACGAAACUUAAAUUCUCCUCGUCCUUCGCCCCAGGAAUUAAGAAAAUCUAAUCAAGUCCACAGGCUCACUGUCGCCUAUUGUACCCCAGUGAAAUGUGGCAUACAACAUUCGUACUUUAAGGACGUACUACUCCCCAGAUGUUCUCGAAUCAAGUAUUCGUUUGAAUCCAAUCGCUGGAGGAGCCAACCAAUACUACAAAAUGACGGAGUGAAUUGUUUUUCUUGCCAGAUAUCGAAUGACUCGAUUAAAUUCUUUUUUUUUUUCAAAUUGAGAGUGGAAACGACCAAGUUCUUACUCACUGAUAAACGUCCUUGGAUAUUUCAGAACCACGAAAAAUUGACGCACUGUAAGAAGAAACUAUUUCGAUCAAAAAAAAAUAGUGACUGAUGAUGUUGAAACGAGAAUGAAUUGUGCAAUCAACAGAGGGAUUUCGCCGUGCAAAUAGCAGAGGAAGAUUAAAAGACUCAAUAAUAAGAGGAAUAGAAUCAAAUGGACGAAACAAUUGUGGAGAAAAAAAUGCAUAAUUGCAAUGGAGUAAACGCCUCAUAUUAAGACAGAUAUUAUUGGACAUUAUUGAACCGAUCGUAGCAGCAACAGGAGUUCUCAUUUUGCUAUUUUCAAUGGCAAAAAUUACACACAAACAAAAUGGCUGAGUAUAAACUACCUCUAUCCGAUGUGUCUAUCAGAUUUAGACUGGGGAUAAUGAGUAAUGAACGAAGGAAUAACAGAGAAAGGUUCCCAUCUACUGUACUAGGCAAUUACGACGUUAAUACUAAGAUUGUAAGUAAAAAAAAAUGAAAAGAAACUGAUUAAAAAAAAAGAUGACGUUUGAAUCGUUGCCAUCGUUUUAAUCGGCUCACCGUAAGACUGCAAUGUUAAUUUUACUAUAUACAUAUAUAAAUAUAAAAUAUAUACAUAUUAUGAUUAUUGUAACAUGAAUUAUUGAUCGUGUACUACUAAGAGGCGUAGAGUGAAGAGGAUUAUAAUUGGAGAAUAGUACUGGAAAAACAA